AGGUGCUGAAAGAGCAUGCCUGUAGAGAAGCCUGUGGGUUACUUGGUCAACUAAACCAAUUGGAGUUUUUGCGGCAGAGUCAGUCCAACCAUUGGUCCACAGGUACCAUCCCAGUUGGCACUCCUGGGAAACCGCUUGUACAUUUUGUAAAAGACUUUCGCCGAUAUUAAAAAGCAUUUACGUUAAACGAUUCGGAUGAUAUUUAAAAAAGGAUGCCUGCUUCGGGCUGUAGUGACUUUUCGGCUGUCGCCUCGAAUUUCUUCCCGCACCUUGCAAAGUCGGAAAAGGAGAUUCUCGAGAAUUCGAUGACCGAAGAUGACCCAAAUGCUAAUUCGUCGAUUGUCUCCGAACAUACGGGUGGGCCCAGAUGGGGGCCAAGGACCAAGGCUGCUCAAAAACUGUCGAGCCUUUAUACAGUUGGAAAAAGGGCUCAGGAGUGCGUAAGUUUGUUCCUCAGUGUGAUCCUCCUGGUUGUGAAUCUUUUUUACCUCUUGUCCUACAUAAAAUUGGACAAUAUUGGCACAGUUAUAUUAUUAAUAUUCUGCAGCAUGGUAACUGCAGAUUUUAUGUCCGGCAUGGCACAUUGGAUCGCUGACACAUGGGGCUCCGUAGAGCUGCCCGUCCUGGGAAAACACUAUUUACGGCCGUUUCGUGAGCACCACAUCGAUCCUACGGCUAUAACAAGGCAUGACUUCAUAGAGACAAAUGCCGAUAAUUUUAUGAUGCCUUUGCCAGCACUGAUAUAUUUAUUGUACGGUUUUAUAUACUUGCCGCCUCCUCAGCUCAUGAGGACUUUCCCGUUUAGAUGUUUUGUAUUCCUUUUGGCGUUCUUCAUAUCAAUUACCAAUCAGAUUCAUAAAUGGUCCCACACAUAUUUCGGACUGCCGAAAUGGGUGGUGUUGCUGCAGUCACUCCACAUAAUUCUACCUCGCACCCAUCACCGCUACCACCAUGUGGCACCUCAUGAGACUUACUAUUGCAUAACGACUGGUUGGCUCAACUAUCCCCUAGAGACGAUUAGAUUUUGGCCCACACUCGAAUCGGUAAUAACAACCCUCACAGGUGCUAAACCGAGAGCUGACGACUUGAAAUGGGCACAGAUGAGGUUUGAGAAGAGCGAGAAAUAAAAAUAAAUUCGCACACUAAUAAAAUUUUGCUACAUGUGCCUUCAUCACCGUACUACAUUGAAAAUUGUGAUGUAUUGAAAAGAAAAACUAGAUAAACUGUCGCUGAUCUAAAGCAACUCGCCGCAACACUAUAUUUGUAUAAAAUAAACACCUGCUAAUAACAAAUAUAAGCAUAAUGUUUUAAAACAAUUAAAAUGUUAUCUAGGGUGUUUGAAAUGAUUAAUUUAUUGAGCUGUAUGAAAACAUUUUUAUGGGGAAAGAUCAUUUCAUUAUGUUCAAAUUUGUGGAAUUUUGUUGAGCGGUCUGUGAGGUUUAUCUGCAGCUUAAACAUACUCAAUAAUGCAGGCCUGCUACUGUUUGUAACAGUCAAAUAUUUCUGUGAUUACUCUGUAAAUUUGACAUGUGAAACGUUCUAUUUUGUUAGAAUCUAUCAGCCUAUAUAAAAGCGAGUGUUUUUUGUUUUUUUAAAUAAUUAUUAAAACUCUAGUUAAUGCAUCAGUCUGUUGCACAUUGUGUGAACGGGCUUAUCAAUAUAAUUACAUUUUGUACAUUGUAAAUCUACGUACUUCAAUAAAACCAGCAUAUCAAGCAACCAAAUAACAAGCUUGUUUAAAAGUCUGAAAAUAAUUUUAACUGCUUGGUUAACACAAACAAUAGAAAAUACAAUUUAAUUAAAAAUUGUGGCAUUUGAAAAUAUUUUUAAAUAAAAAAAUUAAUUUUUUUAAACAAAAAACUUAGAACUAUAUCCUGUGAUGAAUCCUCAAUUAUUAAAAUUUUUGCA